AUGCCGCCCACGUGCUUGUCAUGCCGCCCACGUGCUUGUCAGGCCGCCCACGUGCUUGUCAUGCCGCCCACGUACUUGUCAAGCCGCCCACGUGCUUGUCAUGCCGCCCACGUGCUUGUCAUGCCGCCCACGUGCUUGUCAUGCCGCCCACGUGCUUGUCAUGCCGCCCACGUGCUUGUCAUGCCGCCCACGUGCUUGUCAUGCCGCCCACGUGCUUGUCAUGCCGCCCACGUGCUUGUCAUGCCGCCCACGUGCUUGUCAGCCGCCCACGUGCUUGUCAUGCCGCCCACGUGCUUGUCAUGCCGCCCACGUGCUUGUGCCGCCCACGUGCUUGUCAUGCCGCCCACGUGCUUGUCAUGCCGCCCACGUGCUUGUCAUGCCGCCCACGUGCUUGUCAUGCCGCCCACGUGCUUGUCAUGCCGCCCACUGUGUUCCUGUGUGGUCGUCCUGAGCCGUUGUGUGACCCUGUGUGGUCGUCCUCACCCUCGCCUGGCGCCUCAGCGCGCCUCACCCUCGCCUGGCGCCUCAGCGCGCCGCCUCACCCUCGCCUGGCGCCUCAGCGCGCCGCCUCACCCUCGCCUGGCGCCUCAGCGCGCCGCCUCACCCUCGCCUGGCGCCUCAGCGCGCCGCCUCACCCUCGCCUGGCGCCUCAGCGCGCCGCCUCACCCUCGCCUGGCGCCUCAGCGCGCCGCCUCACCCUCGCCUGGCGCCUCAGCGCGCCGCCUCACCCUCGCCUGGCGCCUCAGCGCGCCGCCUCACCCUCGCCUGGCGCCUCAGCGCGCCGCCUCACCCUCGCCUGGCGCCUCAGCGCGCCGCCUCACCCUCGCCUGGCGCCUCAGCGCGCCGCCUCACCCUCGCCUGGCGCCUCAGCGCGCCGCCUCACCCUCGCCUGGCGCCUCAGCGCGCCGCCUCACCCUCGCCUGGCGCCUCAGCGCGCCGCCUCACCCUCGCCUGGCGCCUCAGCGCGCCGCCUCACCCUCGCCUGGCGCCUCAGCGCGCCGCCUCACCCUCGCCUGGCGCCUCAGCGCGCCGCCUCACCCUCGCCUGGCGCCUCAGCGCGCCGCCUCACCCUCGCCUGGCGCCUCAGCGCGCCGCCUCACCCUCGCCUGGCGCCUCAGCGCGCCGCCUCACCCUCGCCUGGCGCCUCAGCGCGCCGCCUCACCCUCGCCUGGCGCCUCAGCGCGCCGCCUCACCCUCGCCUGGCGCCUCAGCGCGCCGCCUCACCCUCGCCUGGCGCCUCAGCGCGCCGCCUCACCCUCGCCUGGCGCCUCAGCGCGCCGCCUCACCCUCGCCUGGCGCCUCAGCGCGCCGCCUCACCCUCGCCUGGCGCCUCAGCGCGCCGCCUCACCCUCGCCUGGCGCCUCAGCGCGCCGCCUCACCCUCGCCUGGCGCCUCAGCGCGCCGCCUCACCCUCGCCUGGCGCCUCAGCGCGCCGCCUCACCCUCGCCUGGCGCCUCAGCGCGCCGCCUCACCCUCGCCUGGCGCCUCAGCGCGCCGCCUCACCCUCGCCUGGCGCCUCAGCGCGCCGCCUCACCCUCGCCUGGCGCCUCAGCGCGCCGCCUCACCCUCGCCGGCGCCUCAGCGCGCCUCACCUCCCAAAAACAUUAG